UCCCGGCCCGCGCGCGCGGCCAGUGCAGACCUCCCGGCUCGACUGGCGGCGCGGGCGGCGGCGGUAAAAUGUCGGCUCCAGGACCUUACCAAGCAGCUGCAGGCCCUUCUGUAAUGCCCACCGCACCCCCAACCUAUGAAGAAACAGUGGGUGUCAACAGUUACUACCCAACCCCCCCAGCACCUGUGCCGGGACCAGCCACAGGCCUCAUUACAGGCCCAGAUGGGAAGGGCAUGAAUCCACCUUCGUACUACACCCAGCCUGUGCCUGUCCCCAACGCCAAUGCAAUUGCCGUGCAGACGGUUUAUGUACAGCAGCCUGUCUCCUUCUAUGACCGCCCCGUCCAGAUGUGCUGUCCUUCCUGCAGCAAGAUGAUCGUGACCCAGCUGUCCUACAAUGCCGGAGCCCUCACCUGGCUGUCCUGUGGCAGUCUGUGUCUGCUGGGAUGCAUCCUUGGCUGCUGCUUCAUCCCAUUCUGCGUAGACGCCUUGCAGGACGUGGACCAUUACUGCCCCAACUGCAAAGCUCUCCUGGGCACCUACAAGCGUUUGUAGGACUCGGCCAGCCAGCCGCCAGGGAGGUAGUAGACAAGUACUACCGGAAGUCACCUGACCCUUGCCCCCACAGCCAGAAGAGGUCCUUCCUUGAUCUCAUCUCUUCAUGGGCUCCAUCUUCAUGUCUUUUAGGGGGUGGGAAAAGUCGGAAAGGUAACAAACCUUCAAACCCAGAAACUGCUGCUGGAGUUGUGCCCUGCACAUGCGAAGACGUGGACCUUGGGUGUUGUUUCAAGGGUUUACCACCUGCUCACGUUACCCCACUAACUGUGAUUGUUACCCCAUUUGCAUCUCCUCCGAUGAUUUACCAUUGGCUGCCUCCUCUUCUUCAGUGGGCCUUCCUGGUACCAGUCCCAAACCCCAAAGCCACAGUUUGCCUUAUUUCUCACUGUUUGGUUUGAUCUGUUCCAUCUCUUCCCAUCCCCUCGCCUUAAAGACGUUGUGGCACUGUAAUUGCAGGCUUCUCCGGCACUCAGAAUCACUUUAAUUUCAUGUUUUUUUUUCCAAGUGCACAGAAGGGCUGCUGACACCCACCAGUCACAUACAGAUAAGGUCACUAGUACUAAAUAAAAGGCUCACAGCCCAUCCUGUCUCAGUCCCUGUCCUGUGAAGGGGCUUCUUCCUCACACAGCUCCCAUGAACUCCUUUUGUUUUUAAACACAUACGGAAGUUACUUGGCAGGGAGACAUUUCUAGAAUAAUUUUUGUAAUCAUGAUACAACCUUCAUUUGCUGGUGUGUUUUUAGUUGGUUUUGUUUUAGUUUUUCAUAUACAGACCAGCUUGUUGCCUAGGCCAGCCUUGAACUCCCAGGCGAUCCUCAGUCUUUGCCUCUCAAAUACCCAGGGCUUUCAACAAGUGCCCUUGCACCAAUUGGGCUUUUUGUUCUGUUUUUCUUU